AUGGAAAGGUUUAACAAGGCUUUGAUGGCCAAAUGGAUAUGGCGUUUCCUCACUGAGAAAGACUCUUUAUGGGCUCGAGUGGUUAGGGCAUGUAAGGGAGAAAUGAAUUGGGAUGAAGGAGGCUUUAGGAUCGAUGGGCAUCGGGAUAUGAGGGCGGGUUGGUGGAAAAAGGUUCUGAGCUCCAUAGUAAAUGAAGGAAAACCCGACGGCUGGAAAUGGAAAGCAACUCCAAAUGGAAUCUUUAUGAGCAAAGGACUAGAUUUUAAGAGAAUCUGGAAAGCCCCGACAGCGCACAAAGCAAAAACUACAGCGUGGAGGAUCAUGAACGGGAAAAUGGCGACUGUCGACAAUUUGCUGAAAAGGAAGGUGCCUUUUCCGAACUCAGAACAUAUUUGCGCUUUAUGUCAAGUGCCACCUGAAAACACCAAUCAUUUAUUCUUUUCCUGCCAAAAAUCUGCAGAAAUCUGGUACGAAUUACUCUCUUGGUUUGGAAAGCAGUCGGUCCUUCAAUCAAAUGCGAUUGAUCAGUAUUUGGCCUUCACAAAUAUUGGUCACAAAAAGGAUGCUCAUUUUCUGGUUGGAGUGUGGAUCUGUACAGUCUGGAGUAUUUGGAAAGAAAGGAAUGAACUCCGUUUCAACAAUGGAAAGUGGGAUAAAGGAAAAAUGGUGGCAGACAUUAAAUCGAGACUAUGGAGCUGGAAGCAGGCAUACAAUAUGAACACAGCACCUGAUGAUUUUAGAUCCUGGUUCAUCGCUGUAAGACUUGAGAAUUCAGCUUCAAACUCUGAUACAGGAAUGUUACCCUCUCAUGUUUCUUAG